UUUUUCCGAAGAGACCGUCUCACUGCCAGUGCGGUUCCUCUUCCACGUUUAUGUAGUUUCCCUUUUCUGGGGGUCUUUUUAACUUCCCCCCCUCCGCGUUUGCUGGAAAGCAGAACCAGGCGGCCGCGUUUCCCCGGCGGCUGCUGCGAGCCCUGCCCGCGGCCGCGACUUCCAGCGCAAAGCGGCGGGAAAAGGCGGCGAGGCGGAGCAGCGGGAGCAGGCGAGGAGGCAGCGCUUCCCCGCGCCCGCACGGACUUCAUGCUCUUCCCCUGGUCCAGGAGUGACAUGAUCCUCUGCGUUCAGGGACCUCAUCCUUUGCUGGCGGACGAGAAGGUCAGGAGACUGUCGCUCAGGGGCAUCGCCGUGGACUUGUCGGAGCAGAUCAUGCAGCCUCUCCCGGUGCCCGCCUUCCAGGAGGAGCCGGCGCCCGCCUUCGCAGCGCCCGUCCCGGAGAGCACGCCACCUCAGACGCGAGACCCCGAGGAAGAUCUCCUCUGCAUCGCAAAAACCUUCUCCUACCUGCGAGAAUCCGGUUGGUACUGGGGAUCUAUCACAGCCAGCGAAGCCAAGCAGCACCUCCAAAAGAUGCCCGAGGGCACCUUUCUGGUGCGGGACAGCACCCAUCCCAGCUACCUGUUCACACUCUCCGUCAAGACAAACCGAGGUCCCACCAACGUGCGCAUCGAAUACACUGACAGCAAGUUCCGGCUGGACUCGAACUACUUGUCCAAACCUCGCAUCCUGGCUUUCCCGGACGUGGUGAGCCUGAUCCAGCACUACGUCACGUCCUGCACGACGGAGAGCAAGAACGAGGCUCCCUACCCGCCUCCGUCCCCUCUACCUCCCAUGCAGAAAGAGCUGGCGGCAGCCGCGGUGCACUUGAAACUCCUCCGCCCGCUCGGCCGCAAGGACAGCAUCCCGAGCCUGCAGCACCUCUGCCGGCUCCGGAUUAACAAGGCGACGGCCGACGUGGACCAGCUCCCUCUGCCCAGGCGGAUGGGGGACUACUUGAAGCAAUACCCUUUCCAGCUCUGAGGCCGGGCCGCCCCCCAGCUGGAGGGCCAGAAACGAGAGAACUUGGGUGUGUUUCGGUCCCGCUGGCGCCGGGUGCGCGCACGAAAGCCCCGAUCCUCAGCGCCGACCGCAUCCAUCUUUCCUCUCCCCUUCUCUCCACAUCCAUUCCAGCCCCAGGGAGGAGUUGGCUGUUCCGGUGAGCGGCGGGACACAACCUGAGCUCGGAACCUCAGGCCGCGCCGGCGGUGGCUGUGAGAAAGUGCUGUAGGCCACGUGCACACUACUUGAAUUUCAGAGUUGCUGUGACACCAGAAACGUUAACGUUGUUAUUUUCGCUAUUUAUUUCCAUGGCAGUUUCUCUCCUCAUGGUAUUUUAAAAGCACCUUUUACUGUUUUUCAUUUUGUUUCUUUUUCUUUUGUGGAAGUAGAGAUAGAAUAGAGGCUCCCAGGCAAAUGACAGCCAAAAAUCUGCGGGAAUUUGGA